UGAAAAGGCGAACGUCAACAACAUCAACAACAACAAGCCAGCCGGAGAAUUUUUCCUGUUUCUGUUCCUCAUGGCGUCCUUGCGAGUGGUGUUCCUGUGGGCGUGGGCGUGGGCGUGCGUGUGUGCCUUCGAGAACAAGUACAGUGAGCAGGCCAACAGCAAGGACAGGGUGAAGGUGGAGGAGGCGCCCUUCAGGAUGGGGAAACUCAACAUGCUUUGGGAGAAGGCUGUCAGGCGCCUGUCCGAGCCCAAGCUGAAUCGUCUCCUCUCCGAGCUGAAGAUGCAGGACAAGGAGGAGCUCACCCUCAAGAAGCUGAGGGCCGACAACAUGGACAAGGACGGGCUGAAGGAGGCGGAGCUGAGGAAGAAGCUGAAGAACAUAAUGGAGAAGUACGGACUCAACGCUGACCUGCGCGAGGAGAACCGUGCCGGGGCGGCCACCGAGGCGUACAUGAAUGAGGUGAAGGACCGCGAGAUUCUCAAGGCCAUUUUCAAGGACAAGAAACUGAACAAGCUGUGGGCCAAGGCCGAGGCAUCCGGGUUCACAGAGGUGGAGCUGAAGGCCCUGAAGGAGGAGUUCCAGCACCACCAGGACAAAGUGGAUGAGUACUAUGCGCUGGUCCAGGAGAAAGCACAGCAGCACCAGGAUGACCAGAACACGCUGGACAAUGACAUCAAGAAAUUCGACCUCCUGCAAGAACUCGAGGCAUCAGACAAAUCACAACCCAACCCAACCAACACCAUCAAGGAGAAGCACCGUGAGCUGAAGAACAACAUGGACCGCCUGCACAAGGUGACGAUCAGUGGGCCGGACGGGAAGGAGUUCAUUGAGCCCAAAGUGAGCGGCCUCUGGAAGAUGGCCAUCAGGGGAGACUUCACCAGGGAGGAGCUGGAGUCCCUGCAUACCGAGCUGAAGCACUACGAGCACCGGCUGCUGAAGGUGCGUCACAUGAGCAGCCAAAUGGACUUGCUGCAGGAGCGUGCCGGCGACGACAUUGAGAAGUUGCAGACCAGCGAGGGGCAGCGGGUCAUGCAGGAGCGGCUCGCACAGCAGCAGCGCAAAAUAGAAAAACUUCACGAAGACUUGGAAAUGAGAAUCGCACAGAGACACCUGGAGCUCUGAGACCCCACCCGCCAAGCCUGCUCCAGCACAAAGGGUGAGGGGCGAGAGGCUCAGGUGUGUGUUACUAAGGCAGCGUGUUUAGGUCAUGGAGGUAGAAUUGGUGGAGUCGACACGGCCCGCUAAUCCCGCUAACUGUCAAAUUUACCGCCAAAAGAUGGGGGAUGCCCGAGCCUGGCCGAGCCUAUUAAAAGGGAGCCUGACCUGACAACACCUGACCACACCUGAUCACUUAAUUGGGGAGAUGUCGACUCCACCAAUUCUACCUCCAUGGUUUAGGAAAUGAGGUGAAUGACAAGGCAUUAUUGUUCUCAUCCAGGAGCAGGAUUCAACACCGUUAUGGCUAGACUGAUAUAUUCCUUCACACUGUACUCCUAGGCUUGACUUGUAGGGUAGUAAUCAAGCCCACAAAUAUGUUCAGUAAGAGGAAAGACUUCUGUGAUUCUAGACUUUAUAGUGACAAGCUGCACUGUUGGUGUAAGAUAAGGCACGGCAACUAAGCUGUCAGCCUGGGCUCUGGCAUUACAAAGGUGUCCAGGCUGAGGUGUAGCAUUAGGAAAGACAAGCACCAAACUCCUGUGGCUGUUGGUUAGGUCCUUCAUGAUGUCCCUCUUAACCCAGUAGCAGCGGGGAUCAUGUUUCUUAAUGGUCCCUCCAAGCGAGAAAAAUGAGAAAAAAUCACCCCUCACACAAACCAUUUCAUAAUAUAUAUCAAAGCAUUUGUGAUCAGAUUAUGUAUCAUCUAUUUUGGGAGGUUUAUAUCUUGGCACAAAUUUGGCCCGUCGCUGCGGGUUAAGGAUCACCCACACUUUGUUACGUCUAAUGAUGCGCUUGAGGCCAAAUGUUUCUCCAAGUUGAUAUUUUUGCAAGUUUUCUAUCUGUAUAUGGCGUGCAAUUGUAAUUUAUGUAUUUUGGUAACAUGUUUUUAUAUCUUAAGGAAUUUGUGGAAUCUCAGUCAUCCCAGCCACUUGGUCAUGUUAACUCUUAGACAGCAGCAGUAUUUGAGGAGUAUCUCCCCCAAAAUGAAUGGUCUAUAUACAGUCACUGCCAACCUUAGGACUGUAGCAUGAAUAUAGUUACGCCGCAUAAUGUAUGUUUCAACUAUCAUCUAUAUAUGGAUUCUACAGCAAUCUGGAAGUGUUAUAUUUCUGCCAUACAAAACUGAGUGACUGAAUUUUGGACCGUUGAUAUAUAGUUCCACCGCCGUCUAAGGGUAAAUGAUGGACAGCAGCAGACAGGUUGUUGAUCUGUGUAUGAAAGAAUGAGAGACCUUGUGCUACAGUGACCUGACCAGUAUUCAGGACCACUCAGAAUUUGUAAAACCUUUCUCACCAGCAUGUUGGCUCAUAAGUUGGUUAUAUUAAUACAAAAUGACAAGAUGAUGGCUCAGGUAUCCUCACCAAGUUCAGGAAAUUGUUGAAUAAAAGUUUAUGCUAAA